GAUGGCUGGAUUAUGUGCACAUGAUGCCACCAAAAAGAAGGACAAGAAGAAAGGCCGUACAAAGUGAAGAGAGUGAAGACACAGAUAACAAUGUUCCUGUGAAAAUCACUAGAAGGUCUUUAAGACGCAAGCAACUACACGAGAAGCCAAGAAGUCAAAACGAAUAUUCUGACUGUGAUUAUGAUGCAGAUUCUGAAAAUGAGAAAAACAACCUCGAUUUGAAUUGUGUAACUAUUAGUGACAGUGAGAUACACUUUGAUACUGGUAAGAACGAACACAAUGGACGUAAUUUUCCUGCAAUACAUGUAAACAAAAUAAGAACAGAAGAUAAAGCGGGAUUUACACGAAUCAAAGACUGCGCUGUACGGCUGGCCAAUGUUUCAUCGUCAAAAUGGAGUUCUUCCAUAGACAGUGACCAUUUUUCAGAUGACAAAGAAAAGAGCACUGAAAUGAAGAUUGGUGUUAAUAAAAAGUAUGAUAUCAUGUCAAAACGACAACCUAUACAAACAUUUACCGAUAAUCCGAAUAAGGAGAAUGUUACUCCUCCCGAUUCUCAUUCCACACCAGCAUUAAUUAAACUUGUAUCAAGAAAUUUAGAUGAAUCUCUGUUUGGGUUUAAUUCGGUGGAAAGUUCAUUACCGUUUUCACCAGUAGCUGACAAUGUUGUAUCCCCCAUGCGAAUUACUUGCCCCUCUCAAAACUCUUCUGCACCCUUUACAUUUACUCCCUGCAUCACUUCUCCGAAUAAAAGAAAGCGUGAAAAGGACAUGGAUGGUUUUUACGAUCUCCCAAUAGAAAAACGCAAAAAACAAAAAACAAAGAAGAGAAAUGCAAAAAUUAUUCCUCACGUUGAAGAAGAUAUUUUGGAGGAACUACGUUCGCAUUUUGCAGAAGUGGAAAUGCACGAGUUAAUAAUAGAAUGACGUCAUUUUAAUGUUGAAGGAAAAAGUUUAAAUCUGGUAGAAAUUGUGUUACACAUUUAUUGUAUAUAUGUAUUAUAUUGUGUUAAUGUUUUUAUUUAAGAAAAUAUUGAGUUUUUGCA